CAAACCAAAGGGAAGAGUAUUGAGAUCGAAGGUAAAUAAUGGAGUUUCAGCUGAAGCAAGACCUAGACCUGAUCUUGGUCCCUGCAGGGCUCUUUUUCCUGUUCACCUACCAUCUCUACCUCCUCUACCGCGUCCUAAGACAUCCUUCAACAACAGCCAUCGGCUAUGAGAACCACAACUGGAUGGCUUGGGUACAGACAAUGAUGCAGACAGGUAAUGCAGGCGCAGCAAUAUCAGUGAUAUCAAACAACAAAUCUGGUUCAACCUAUGUGGCUUUCAAUUGCUUUUCAAUGUGUGGUUUCAUAGGAUUGUGGGUGGGAAGCUCCUCUAGCAGCGCUUACAAUAUUGUGUUUAUACUGGGAAACACAAGCGCAGCCACCAUUUCCCUUAAAGACAUGACCAUGUUCUUUGCUUUCUUGCUGUCCUUUGGAGGAUUCAUUCAGUCUGUGAGGUACUAUGUGCAGGCAAACUCCAUAAUAAGCAUGCCAAAUACGGAUGUGCCAGUGAACUAUGUGCAGAGGUUGAUGUUAAUGGGAAAUAAUUUCUGGCAUAUUGGACUGAGGCUACUCUACUUUGCUAUGGUUUUGUUGUUUUGGAGUUUUGGGCCAAUACCUAUGUUUGUAUCAUGUGUGGUCAUGGUCAUAUUUCUGUUUUUCUUGGACUCCAAUGGAGAACCACUGCAUCAGUUUGGGCCGGUGGUUAAGCUUCCGGUGAAGAAGGUGGUGGAGGAGGUGGUUGUUAGGGCAUAGCUAGGGGAGCACCGUGGCCGGUGGGGAGGAGGUGGCCAGCCUCUAGUGUUGGGGCAACAGAAUACUAUGUAGCAUUUGGAGUUGGGAUCACCUACUCUUGUUAAUUAUAUUGGUAUGCUUCACGUGCGGGUUGGGUGGUGAUAUGUCCUUUUUGCUACUUUAAAUACCUAUCCAUGCAUUAAUGGUAACAUAUAUGGGACCCAUGUCACAUGUGUGAUCUUACGUUAGAUCCCAACUACCUUCCCAUGAGUGUUGUUUGUUACAUAGUCAAGGAACUCGCUUUAGACACAAUGUCUAGACCUAGGUAAGAUUUCAUAGAUAGUUGUGGAGGACCCCACUGAUGGCAAUGUCUAGGAAAGAAAUCGUCUACAAUUCUGAUAUCGUACAAUUUCGUAAAAUACCACUUUCAGGGGUUGACACGUGUAUUGAUACCAAUGCAAUGGUCUAGAUCUGAUUUAAAUGAC